AUGCUGUUUGGCAUAGAUCAUCUGUCCAAAUAUCCAUUUAAUUGGAAUAUACUCUCUAUACUCUUUCAUAAACCUUUUCAAUUGAUCUCAUAUAUGCUUUAUACAAUAUGGAAACUAUUCUACCUUAUAAUUGUUGUACCAAUGACUACCAUGGCACGCUGUUUCCUCCAAUUGGUAACGUUACCAAUCAAUAUCCCGUUAUAUAUAAUUUCUAAUAACACAAUACAAUCAAUCAUAGACAAGACUUUAAAAGGCGUCAAUGGAGACCUAAUUAUUAUUCUAUUUCAAUACAGCUUAGUGUUAUUUAUGUCGGGCAUAUUAUUAGGUUCAAUAAUGGGCUCUAUUCUAGGUUUCAUACAUAUUCAUACUUACCUGAAAGAUCAUAUUUUUGAGUUCCGAUUUAGAACCAGUAUUAAAUGGUUAUUAAAGAAAUGCUACGAUCAUUUGGCAAGUUCAUCGUCGUUUUUAAUAUCAUCCAUUGAGAAAUUGAUUAGGAAAUAUUAUUAUUCAACAACAGAUGGCAAUAUCGGUAAUGAUACUAACAUAAAUAUUCCUAUGACUACCAAAUAUAACACUACAAAUUUUGAUACUGCUACAAAAGUUAUUGAAAAAUUCAAUGAAAAAGUGGAAUCAAAAGAAUUGAACAAUAAGUAUUCCUCUGUAUCCUCUAUUCCAUUAGAAUGGCUAACAAAUUUUGAUUUUGUUGAUCCUAAAACUAAAAAUAUGAAUAGACAAAAUAAACAGAAUGACAACAUUGACACUUAUGAUUCCACUACGGUUAAAUGUAAACCUACUACACCAUCAAUAGCAAACAAGGUUAAGACAAGGAGUGAUACGGUCUACCAAACACCACCAGGGUCACCUGUGUCGUCAACAAAUUCUAUUGAUUCAAUAGAUAUUUCUAUAGAAUUAUUGGAUUCAUCUACUCUUCCAAUUAAGACAUCUACUUUAAAAAAAAGAAAGAGCAGGGGUAAAAGGUAA